GCAAGAGCACCUUGUCGGCCCGGGACAGAUGCUCCCUAUCUACACGCUUUACUCAGGGGCAAAGGGACAACCAUCACCGUAAGACCUUCAUCCAUCAGACGACACAUCCGAAGCCUGAAAAGGACCAAGAAGCCACGCACGAGCAGUGUCUAGACGCGCGACAUGAGUAGACCUAAUGCGCGUCGGCGCCCAACGAACUUGCGCGUAGAAAGUCACGAACCAGGGCAUGUCGUACCAGCUGCAUUGACAUCGUCUGUCGCGCUAGCAGCAGCAUAUGCGACCUGGCAUUAUAUUUGGCCAGUAGCAGAGAAGGGGUGCCUAGCCGAUGCCAUGUUUUUAACUGGACUUGUCAUCUUCUUGAGUCAUCUGCAGCGGACCCUGUUGCCGUUGCAGCAGGUCAAGGCCAAGGAAAGCGUGGAAAAACAAACAGCGGCAAUAGGUGGCAUGUCUAGCCUAGGAGGUGCAGCCGCACUGGCAAUCGGUGGAGUAUGUGCACUCAUUGCAGUGCAACUCCUGGGCCCAUUCGUUGCAAGUGCAGCAUUGCUGCCAGUUCCAGCUUUGGGUCGUGUCUACCAGCUUGGCUACUUUUCGCGCCUUACAAGCGCAGUUCUGGGUUUGGUUGCUGCCUAUGCGUGUUUGGUCGGCAGCUGCCUCUAUACUUCUACAGAGCUCACUCUUGCAAUUGCCGGAUUUUUUGCGCUCGCUCUUGCAGUGCUUGCGGCAUACUGGACAGCACAGCGCAGUUUGCCAGAUAGCGCGCCUUUGCUCGCUGGUGGUUCUCUCAUGACGACUGCACUGAUUGGCGUCGCAACAGGUGGCCUCCAAACAUCGAGCAACCCUCUGCUGCUGGCUUGUGCUGCCCUAGGUGUUGCUGCUCGAGCAUGGCAGCCUCUGUCACCCAAAGAGAUUGUUACGACCCUUCGCAUCGGCUGGCCCGCUGCGAUGCUGUCACUGCUGCUUACUCAGAAAGUGCCGGCUGUCAUGACUCUUGCUGCAUUGGCGCUGAUCUACCUGGCCCUUUACAUGCAGAUGCCAACCUCUGCUACGCUUUCAUCAGCGACCACCACGAUCGCAAAUACGAUCCCAUCAGCACAAGCAAGAGCCUCUGCUUGGGGAGGUUACUACAUCGGCGAGAUUGUCAAGGAAAAAGAGUCACGCGACAUCUUCUACUUCCUCCUACUGAACCUUUCCUUCAUGUUUGUGCAAAUGAUGUACGGCAUCUGGACCAAUUCGCUGGGACUCAUCUCAGACUCUAUUCACAUGCUAUUCGAUUGUCUUGCAUUGGCUGUUGGACUUGUUGCUGCAGUCAUGUCCAAGUGGCCAGGCAGCAAGGAAUAUCCAUUUGGAUUUGCGAAAGUUGAGGUGAUUAGUGGGUUUGCCAAUAGUAUCUUCUUGGUGCUCAUCUCUUUCAGCAUCAUUAUGGAAGCACUCGAACGACUCAUGGAACCACCGGAGAUGAAGACAGAUCAACUCUUGCUGGUGAGCACAAUGGGUUUGAUUGUCAACUUGGUAGGCUUGUUCUCCUUUGGACAUGCACAUCACGGACAUGGACAUAGUCAUGGACACAAUCAUGAUCAUGGCCACGCACACGCACAUUCACACGAGAAGGAGCUUCCCAGCCACACACCCAAGACAGACCGUGAAGGCGCGUAUGACUUUGCAAUGGGUCAAUCCUCACCCAUCAAGUCCAAGCACGAUUUGCGACCAGGUCGUCAUGGCAGGACGCAUUCAGGAGCGUUACAAGAAUUGCAUGAAAAUGUGCCGCCUUCUAUCUUGUUGCCGCAACCAGGUCUACAGAAGGGCCGUAGUGUGAGUCCUGUUCGAAGGCCAGGAUCACCGCUCAAGCAGAGUAGCAGUUUUGAGGAUGCUUCUUCCGGAACAUUGCCUGAUGCACACAUCCAUGACUCACAACACUCACAUGGACUCAUCCAUGAGGAUAAAAGGCCUCAUGUCCAUGAUCAUGCGCACGAACACCACGACCAUUCACAUGGACACGCACACGACCACCCUGGUCGCGGAGUCUCCCGUACGUUAUCUCCGCAGCGAGACACAUCCCAUGAUAUCGGCAUGGAAAAGCAGGAUCACCACCACCAUCACGCCCACUACCAAGACCAUUCAUCGGCUCACAGCCACGGUGGACUACGCUCCUCCCCUCGUGAUGUACACCGUCAACACGGAGACCACCACGAUACCCGUGGCGGAGGACACGACCAUGGACACACUCACGGACAUGAUCACGGGCAUGACCACGGGCACGGACACGGACACAACCACUCACACAAUCUAGAAGGCAUCUUCUUGCACGUCUUGGCUGAUACACUUGGUUCAGCAGGUGUCAUUGUCUCAACUAUCUUGAUCCGUUAUUUUGGGUGGACUGGGUUUGACCCGCUUGCGUCAAUCUUCAUCGCCGUGCUCAUUUUCUUGAGCGUGGUGCCACUGCUCAAGUCAUCCUUUGCUGAACUGAUGGUGAUGAUUGAAUCCGAUCAGGAAUACGCAAUUCGUGAAGCUCUCGGUGAAGCGUCUAUGAUUACGGGCGUGGGUGCUAUUCCCUUCAUCAGAUUUUGGAAUGAUGGUGAACGGCAUCUUCAUGGCAUGGUGACGAUUUCUGCAGGGAUCGACGGGGACUUGGAUGCGGUGCGGAUUAAAGUGCGCAGAAAGCUACAGGAAGGAAUAAAGGGCCUCUCGAGCCUGGUUGUCCAGGUAGACCGUGGCACAUAGACCGUAGCUUACUGAAUCUCGUUCAAGACUCG